UGAAGGGUCAAAGUUCUCCACCAUGGAAGACAAGACAGUUUGGGGGCAGUUCCAGUCAAAUUUUAUAAGAUUUGUUAUACCUGCAGGGGUGUCAACAGCUGCUUUUGGGUUGUUUUUCUUUUUGAAGAAGUUUGGAAUCCUUUACCAGUGGUCUCAUAAGGUUGAGAAGGAAUCUAAAAGACAUGGUGGUGAAAUUGUUGCUAAUGUUCUUCAGGCACAUGGAGUAAAGCAUGUAUUUACACUUGUUGGUGGUCACAUCUCACCUAUACUUGUAGCGUGUGAAAAACUUGGUAUCAGGGUCGUAGAUACGAGACAUGAGGUUACAGCAGUAUUUGCCGCUGACGCUGUUGCUAGGAUGUCAGGAACAGUGGGUGUGGCAGCUGUAACUGCAGGUCCUGGACUGACCAAUACAGUGACAGCGGUCAAGAAUGCUCAGAUGGCGGAAUCUCCAUUGCUUCUGAUGGGUGGAGCUGCAGCUUCACUUCUUAAAGGACGUGGUGCGUUGCAGGAUAUAGACCAGAUGUCUUUGUUCAAACCCCUGUGUAAAUACUGUGCUACAGUAACCAAGGUGAGAGAUAUAGCACCAACUCUGAGGAAAGCAUUACAGGUUGCCCAGUCAGGAACUCCAGGGCCUGUAUUUGUGGAGUUUCCAAUUGAUACUCUCUACCCAUACCAGAUGGUAAACAAAGAAGUUGGGGCCAAGAAUAAAGGCAAAGGACUUGUUCAGAAUAUUGUUAAUUGGUAUUUACAGAAUUAUGUCAAUGAUCUGUUUGCGGGAGCGUGGGAGGAAAGGGACGUUACUCCUUUACCAGCACAGGUACCCACAGCAAGCAGUGAUCAGAUACAGAAGAGUAUAGAGUUGUUAUCCAGAGCCAAGAAGCCACUGAUACUACUGGGUUCACAGUCAACACUUCCACCUACACCUGUAGAUGAUCUUAGGACAGCUGUGGAGAGUAUGGGUAUCCCAUGUUUUCUUGGUGGAAUGGCAAGAGGGUUGCUAGGGAGACAUAGUGAUUUACAGAUACGUCAGAAACGUGGGGAGGCUCUUAAAGAGGCUGAUGUAGUUAUCUUGGCAGGAACUGUCUGUGAUUUUAGGUUAGGUUAUGGAAGAGUUCUAAAUAGAAGAUCCAAAAUAAUUGCUGUAAAUAGAAACAAGGAACAACUUUAUAAGAACACAGACAUGUUCUGGAAGCCUACUGUUGCUAUACAAGGUGAUGUUGGUAGUUUUAUAGUAAAGUUGGCUCAGGGUAUGCAAGGUUACAAGUGUGAUACUGAAUGGUUGGACAUGCUCAGAAAUAAAGAUAUUGACAAGGAGAAGGCAAACAGGGAAAAGUGCAAUGAAGCUACAGAUGUUCAUUUGAAUCCAGUAAAAGUGUUACAUACAGCAGAGGAAGUGAUGUCAGACGACACUAUCAUGGUGGCAGACGGUGGAGACUUUGUUGGUACAGCAGCUUAUAUUCUAAGACCCAGAGGACCUCUAAGGUGGCUGGAUCCUGGUGCAUUUGGCACACUUGGUGUAGGUGGUGGGUUUGCACUUGGAGCCAAGCUGUGUCGACCAGAUAGUGAUGUGUGGAUCAUUUACGGAGACGGUUCAUUAGGAUACAGUGUGGCUGAGUUUGAUACAUUCACAAGGCAUAAGACCCCUGUGAUAGCUUUGGUAGGUAAUGAUGCAGGCUGGACACAGAUAUCCAGGGAACAGGUCCCAAUGUUUGGAAGUAAUGUGGCCUGUCAGCUGGCAUUCACUGACUAUGAGACAGUUGCUAUUGGAUAUGGAGGGAAGGGCCUCAAAUUGGAUCGUAGCAAAGAUGACAAUAUGAAAGAGGUUCUAGAAGAGGCUGUUAAACUGAGCAGAAAUGGGGACAGUGUAUUAGUAAAUGCCUUAAUUGGGAAAACUAACUUUAGGGAAGGCAGCAUAUCAGUUUAAACUGUCUAAAAGUUUUCCAGUUGUUCUUAUACAUGCAUAAAAUUAUUAUUCUAAACUGAAUCAUGUUGACAUAAAGUGCAUUUAUUUCAUGUACACUUACUUUUGAGCAAUUUAAUUUUCAGAUUACCUUUCAACCAGAUUGUAAUAAUGUAAAUACUAUUCUAGAGCUUUUGGAUAGUAAACCUUAAAAACAGAACAAGAAUGUCAAGGAAAAAUGAUAAAAAUCCAGUUUAAUAACUGUGUUUUUCAUUGAAGAAGUCUUUUUGGGACCACAAACUUUGCAAAUAUGCUAAUCUUACUUUGGACAUUUUACAGAAGUUAAUUUUUGUUAUACAGAUCUACAUGUAUAUUAAGAUCUCUUUUGUUGAUGAUAAAAUAAAGCUUUUGUGUCUAUGGAAUAAUCCGACCAGCUUUUAUCAUUGACAUUAGAUUUACAGUCUGUAAGUUAUUUUUAUGUCUCCAUUUAGAGAUAAAGGUGAAUAUUGUUUUGCUUGACUGUCUGAUCAAUCUUUCUGCUGGUCAGUAGACCAUUUGGUUUUCCAUUUGCUUCGUUAAGCAAUGUCAGACUUGAUAGGAUGAUUGCAUGUGGUCAGUAGAUGAACCCUAUCGUUUUAGGGGUAAGUAGGUCAAAGGUCAAGGUCACAUUGACUGUCAAGGUCUCCGUGACCUUGAUACUUGGAAUGUUUUCUGCUCAGAUACUAAAAAAAGCUUUCUCCCACAGUUGCAAACUUGAUAGUAUUGAUUGCCUGUGGUCAGUAGAUAACCCUAUUGCUUUGUCAUUAGGCUAAAGGUCAAGGUCUAAAAGACUGACUGAUAACAGUUAAAUAACUGAAGAAUGCUAUGGCCUACACUUGUUAAACUUCAUUGGAUGACUGCCUGUCAACAAUAGAUGACCCUGAUACUUUAGUGUAGGUCAAGGUCAUACUUAUGUUGGAACUGAAAAUGUUUUCCACUUAAUGACUAAAGAACAUUGGCGUAUAUUUGUCAAAUCUUCCUGCGCUGAUUGCAUGUGGUCAGUAGGUGAACUACUACUUUUAGUGCUAGUAGCGCAAAGGUGAAUGUCGCAGUGCACUCCAGACUGAACAUGGUUUCUGGUCAGUAAUUAAAGAACACUUCAUAGGAUGAUUGCCUCUAGUCAGUAUGUGACUCCCAUUUUGUUUGAGGUCAGUGGUAGAGAUCAUACACAGCGUGCAAAAUAACAUACCCACUUGCCACUGAUAGGUCAUCAUGAAAGACAUACUGGCACAUGUCUUACAAACAACUCGUUUUUGUCAUCAUAAGCAAGGAUAACAAGUUUGCAGACUUAACUUAUUAUUGUUGACAAUCUUGAUAAAAAAAAUCUUAACCUUUAGCCUACUGGCAGCAGCUGAUUCUGGGUUUGCGACCAGCGCAGACCAAGAUCAUCCUGCACAUCCGCGCAGGCUAAUCAUGGUCUGCACUGUUCGCCAUUCAGUCCGUAAAUUUUCAGUGAAAAUCCCUUUGAAUAAUUAAUGGUACUGUCCAAUAUAAAUGAUGGACCACUCCAUUUUAGAAAUUUAGCAGGGUAAAGGUUAACUAAUAGUCAGAAGUUGAAAUAUAAAGGAUAUGUAACAACCUUCACAGUUCUGUUGCAAAAACCUUCAAAUGUAAACCCUGACCAAGAAAUGUGUUAAUAGUAAAAAAUUUCUAUUUAAAGAUUCUUGUUACAAUUAUUUCAUUUAUAUGUCCUGUUUUUCCACAUAUGCUUGACUGUGAUAAUCAUUUCAUGUUUCUAUUUUCAUAUGGUUCUCAUUCUGUCUUAAAGACAUGUGGUUUCUGUAUAUUUUUGUAUGUUGUCCAGUCUAUUACCAGUGCACAUACUGGUUCGAGUCGUAAAUUCGGCCACUUUUUGCGGUUUUUCAUAAAUAUUUCUUUCUUUAUACAAUUGAUUUGUACAAAAUUUCAACCAUAUGUGCUUUAAUACAAGCAACAUUGAUUGUUAUCAUUAACGACUAUUUACAGUAUGGUAAACAAUAAAACCGCGCUUAAAAUAACGAACAGGUUUAGCCUCCGCAUUUCACCUUCUAGAGGUUGUAAAUAUUCGGCCACUUUUUAAACAUUAAAUUGGUUAUAUUUUUAACAUUGUCUUGGAAAUAAAUCGAUGCUACAGCCAAAUUGUUCUUUUUUCAACAAACUUCAAUCAUUUUUCAAUAGCAUACCUCAUGGGAAAUAUUUGCCAGCAGAGAAUUCAAAAGCGCCUGUCAUUCUUCUCACACCAGCAUGACGUAGUUUAAUUUUUACGUCUAACCUAUACUGUGUUGGUGCGCCGUAAAACCCAAAUAAAUAGAUAAAUAAAUAAUUUUUACGUCACUGUUAAUCACACAUUCAAGCAUAAAACUGCUGUUCUUGUCACUUUUGGGGGGUGUUUUCACAGGAGAUUAAAGAGAUUCUCGCGCUCACGUGCUGUUAUAACACCUUUUUAUAUAUGCACAUUCUGUGGCAAAGCAUAAACGUUUUACACCCCCGAAAAGGAUAAUUCAAAAGGAUAUGAUGUCAACGUGAAAAAACAACGUUGACAUGGAAAUUUAAUGACAUCGAGGGAUAAUAUAUUCGUUUUCUUGGUAAUAACGCAUUUUAUGCUAGUUAGCGCAUGUUCUUUUCAUGUUAUAAAGUUUAGAUCUGAAUUAACCCUUGCCGGGCCUCAGCAGAAACGAGCGCGUGCAGUGACGUCACACGACCUGCCAGACAAAAUAUUUGCUACUUAGAGUACACAACUUUAAGGAAUGACAACUUUUUCUCUAGUCACCUCAACUUGUUGUUUUUUGCCGACUUUGUUGCUAACGCAAGUGCUUGUGAUGACACGUGUUCUCAAGCAUCUGGCUCCAAAAAAUGCUUUAAAGUGGGUGGCCGAAUAUUUACGACCUGGCCGAAUUUACGACUCGAACCAGUAUACAUAUGAACAAUUUGUAUGCAGACAUUUGUAACUACCGGUAUUAUUGCUAUGUUUAGAAAUACAAAAUAAAUUUAGAAAGUAG